AUGAAAGGGAUUAUUCGUGGAUUAAGAAUCAGAAGCGCCCAAAACAGUGAAGGAUUUGCCUUUUUAGGCAUUCCUUAUGCUACCCCUCCUUAUGAUCGUCUAAGAUUCAAACCCCCUGUGCCACAUCCCGGUUGGAACCGAGUGCUGGACGCCACCAAUUUUAGGCCAAUGUGUCCACAACUCGAUUCCCGAGGAAAUCAAUUGGGUUCUGAAGAUUGUCUAUUCCUCAAUGUCUACACACCGGGAGUCAGAAGGAACAUAAACCCGCGAGUGCAAUUUCCGGUAUUGGUUUACAUUCAGGCCGAGUCAUUCGAGUCGGGAGACAGUGCUCUAUAUGGCGGCGAAUACCUGAUGGACAAAGAGGUAGUUGUCGUCACUUUUAACUAUCGCGUCGGCAUAUUAGGCACUACUGAAGACGAGAGUGCAUCAGGAAAUUGGGGUCUUUUUGAUCAGAAACUAGUACUCGAAUGGGUUCGCAAUAAUAUCGCCGCUUUCAAUGGGGAUCCAAAUUUGGUGACAAUAUUUGGACAGGGAGCAGGAGCCGCGUCAGUCAUAUACCACAUGAUAUCGCCGUUAUCUCAGGGUUUGUUUCAUCGCGCGAUAGCACAGAGCGGUUCAGCCCUUUGCGAGUGGGCUCUCGAGAGAUCUCCAUUAAUGUUUGCCAGAGAUGUGGCUCAGAGUGUGGGCUGUCCCACACAAACCACUAUUGAUUUAGUCAAUUGCUUGAGGAAAACACACUUUAGUCUACUAUUGAAAGCUCAG